UCUUGCUUCUACAUCCGGGUUGUGCCUGAGGAGCAAAGAAGGAAAGAUUACGCUGUCGUUGUAAGGAGGAUCUGCCAUGGCUUCCCGCGCUGGCCCAAGAGCUGCAGGCACCGAUGGGAGUGACUUUCAGCACAGAGAAAGGGUAGCGUCACACUAUCAGAUGAGUGUUACCCUGAAGUCAGAGAUUCGCAAGCUGAAUAUUGUUCAUGCCCUGAUAUGGGUCCUGGUGGCUGCACAAGCGACAGUCAGCAACUUCGGCUUGGUGUCACAUGAUGUGGUGGCUGCCCCUUACCAGUGGGAGUACCCUUAUCUGCUGAGCAUCAUCCCAUCCUUCUUCAGUUUCUUGGCACUGCCACGUAACAACAUUAGCUACCUGGUGAUUGCUAUGAUCAGCGCAGGGCUUUUUUGCAUCGCCCCACUUAUCUAUGGGGGCAUGGAAAUGUUUCCUGUGGCACAACAGCUGUACAGACAUGGCAAGGCCUACCGCUUCAUCUUUGGCUUUUCUGCUGUCUCUGUCAUGUACCUUGUGAUGGUCAUUGCUGUGCAAGUGCAUGCUUGGCAAAUCUACUACAGUAAGAAGCUGCUGGAUGCCUGGUUUACCUCCACACAAGAAAAAAAGAAAAAAUAAUCAGACAACAGAACUGAACUGUAGAGGCAGUGAGGGAGAAUGUGAUACUUCAUACCUUUUGGCCUCAUUGUCUUGUCUCAGUUGAAGCUGGUUUGUUUUUAUGCGAGAAUGGAAUGAGUUUUGUACUGUCACAAAGACCACGUCUUCAAAAUUCAUCCCUAAUUCUAGGUUAGGAUCUUUAAGUUAGACUGUACUCUCAGCUCAUUUUAAGGAUUAAUGUCAUGUGCAUUAUAGCUGUCAUGUAUGAAAUAUAUAUGGUCUUGCCAGUUUCAGUGAGUGCCUCCCUGUUAAAAUCCUGGAGCACUGGUUUGUGUGUUGAAAACAAUUUAUGAAAUACAAAGGCUAAAACAAGAAGGUAUCAGAUUGGUUGGGCAAGACGAAGGGCCAAGUAAUAUGCCUGUUAUCAUUGUAACAGCUGCAUGUUGUUCAUAUGUUGUUCAAGUUUCAUCUCGUUGUGUCAUUGCAUUGUUAAAUAGCUUCACCAAUAAAUGGAGGUUUAACUGCUAUGUCGGAGAAGCUGUGUUUUCUAUUAAAUAGUUUAUUGAAUGCAUCAAAAUUGUGAAAAAAGGAAAAAAUUCUUAUUUUCUUUGUAAACUGGAAGUGUGGUUCAAAAUUGUUAAAGCUUGAUGUUUAAGUGGUAAUUAAGUCCAAAAAUAAGCACAGUAUGUAAAUUAUUUAACAGGUGAUGUUGAUGUUUAUUUACCUUGUGGAAAUAUCCGUAAAUGUCUUUUCACGAAUCAAACCUACAUUACCCACAGAAACUGGACAAGUAAAAUGGACAAUUCCUGUAACCACUCUAAAUUUCCCCAUAAUAAAAAAAAAAAAAAAAAAAAA